GUGUCGUGGUGUAGUUGGUUAUCACGUCAGUCUAACACACUGAAGGUCUCCGGUUCGAGUCCGGGCGUCGCCAUUGUCUUUUUCGUAUUUCUCCAGCAGGAACCUUAUCAAACGACGUCGUUCGCCAUCAUCUUCCGAGAAUUCUCGUCAUAUACAGUCGGCAGUUCGAACACGGUGGCGGAAGUCAAAUGGAAAGCCGAUCACGGCGGAGCUCAGUGCGAUCCAAGGCCGACCUAUCAACGUCAUUGCGGCGCGCUUGGUACCAUUUAAGGCUGUCGGUUCGGGAUCCGACUCGGGUACGAACUUGGGACGCCAUCUUAUUGACGGCGGCUAGCCCUGAGCAAGCGGAGCUCUACAACUGGCAGCUCAAUCGCGCCAAGCGCAUGGGCCACAUUGCCUCCUCCACUAUUACUCUGGCUGUUCCUGACCCUAACGGUCAGCGCAUCGGCUCUGGAGCUGCCACUCUCAAUGCCAUUUCCGCUCUCGCCAAGCACCUCCACCAGCUCUCGCUGGUCGAUUCACCGGUGGCAGGUUCAAGGAACUGCAAUUCUGUUUCUUCAUUCUCUGAAAGCCCAAAUAAUGAUAUUCCACUCCUAGCACUUGUUGAAUUAAUCAGAAAAAAGCAUAUUUUACUGCUUCAUGCUGGAGGAGACUCCAAGAGGGUCCCAUGGGCUAACCCAAUGGGAAAAGUUUUCCUUCCACUUCCAUAUAUGGCAGCAGAUGACCCUGAUGGUCCAGUUCCCUUGCUCUUUGAUCAUAUACUUGCAAUUGCUUCUUGUGCAAGACAAGCUUUUCAGGAUGAAGGUGGGAUGUUCAUCAUGACUGGGGAUGUUCUUCCCUGUUUUGAUGCCUUCAGCAUGGUACUUCCAGAGGAUACGGCCUCUAUUGUAACUGUUCCUAUAACCCUUGAUAUUGCUUCCAACCAUGGUGUCAUCGUGGCAUCUAUGUUUGGGUCAUGGAAUGAUAAUAGUUCAGUCUUUUUAGUCGAGAAUUUGCUUCAAAAACCUAGCGUAGAGGAUCUCAUUGACCACAAAGCAAUUCUAGAUGAUGGCAGAACAUUACUUGACACAGGAAUUAUAGCAGUCAAAGGUAAAGCAUGGGUGGAUCUGGUCAUGCUUGCAUGUUCCAGUCAACGAAUGAUAUCAGGACUUCUGAAAAGCAAAAAAGAGAUGAGUUUGUAUGAAGAUCUGGUAGCAGCAUGGGUGCCUGCUAAGCAUGAAUGGUUGAAGCCACGCCUUUUGGGUGAGGAACUUGUUGCAGCAUUGGGAAAACAGAAGAUUUGUACCUAUUGUGCAUAUGAUCUCUUAUUUUUGCACUUUGGAACCUCAAGCGAAGUUCUGGAUCACCUUAAUGGUACUGGUUCAGGACUUGUUGGUAGGAGGCACCUGUGUUCAAUUCCAGCAACCACAGUGUCUGACAUUGCUGCCUCAGCUAUGAUUGUUUCUAGCAAAAUAGCUCCUGGUGUUUCUAUUGGUGAGGAAUCACUUGUAUAUGAUUCCUGCAUUUCAACUGGUGUCCAGAUUGGUUCUCAGUCAAUAGUUGUUGGUGUAAAUGUGCCUGAAGUCCAUAAUACCGUGGCUAGAAAUUCAUUCAGGUUCAUGCUUCCCGAUCGCCAUUGUCUUUGGGAGGUUCCCUUGGUAGGAUGCAAAGAGAGAGUUAUAGUAUACUGUGGUCUCCAUGACAAUCCAAAAAAUUCAGUUUCAAAGGAUGGGACCUUCUGUGGGAAACCGUGGAAGAAGGUUCUAGGUGAUUUAGGAAUUCAUGAUGCUGAUCUGUGGGGCCAUAAAGAAAGCAAAGAUAAGUGUUUGUGGAAUGCUAAAAUAUUUCCUGUUCUUUCCUACUCUGAGAUGUUGCAAUUGGCAACAUGGCUUAUGGGAUUGUGUAACCUAGGAGAUGAAUACCUCCUAAGUUUAUGGAAAAGGUCGGGCCGCAUCAGUCUGGAGGAGUUGCACAGAUCGAUUGACUUCUCGAAUAUGUGGUUGGGCUCCAUUAAUCACCAAGCAGAUCUUGCAGCAGGGAUUGUUGCGGCUUGUCUUAAUUUUGGCUUGCUUGGUCGCAAUCUAUCUCAGUUGUGCCAAGAAAUUUUGCAGAACGAAGCCACUGGAGUUGAAAUAUGUAAAGAAUUUUUGUCCCUGUGCCCUAACCUUCAAGCUCAAAAUCCGCAGAUUCUUCCAAAAAGCAGGGCACACCAGGUUCACCUUGAUCUUCUGCGAGCAUGCUGCGAGGAACAGAUGGCUUCUGAAAUGGAGCACAAAGUUUGGGCUGCUGUUGCCAAUGAAACUGCUUUGGCAGUGAGAUAUGGCUUUAAAGAAAAUCUAUUUGAAUCCUCCAGUCAGCCCUCUGCAAUGGGACAUGCAGCAAGCACAUCUGAUGAUACUUUUGAGCGAUCUUUUCACCUCAGGAAGGUGAAGGUUGAGUUACCUGUUAGAGUAGAUUUUGUUGGUGGUUGGAGUGAUACUCCUCCAUGGAGCUUGGAACGAUCUGGGUGUGUACUGAACAUGGCAAUAAAAUUGGGAGGCUCUCUUCCUGUUGGCACAAUAAUAGAAACAACAAAAAGGACCGGGCUAUUGAUUAAUGAUGAUGCAGGAAAUGAAUUAUAUAUUAACAAUAUUUCCUCAAUUGCACCUCCAUUUGACAGCAGUGAUCAAUUUCGGUUAGUCAAAUCCGCAUUGUUCGUAACUAAUGUUAUAAAUCAGAAGAUUUUUCAAUCUACAGGCUUGCAUAUAAAGACAUGGGCCGACGUCCCUCGUGGUAGCGGCCUGGGGACUUCCAGCAUCUUAUCAGCGGCUGUUGUAAAAGCUCUUCUUCAAAUAACCGAUGGAGAUGAUAGUAAUGAAAAUGUAACCAGACUUGUAUUAGUCUUGGAACAGAUCAUGGGCACUGGAGGUGGCUGGCAAGAUCAGGUUGGCGGUCUCUAUCCUGGCAUUAAGUUUACUUCAAGUUUUCCUGGAAUCCCUUUGCGGCUUCAAGUCAAUCCCCUGCUUGCUUCGCCUCAACUGAUUAAUGAAUUGCAACAACGGCUUCUUGUUGUAUUUACUGGCCAGGUCCGACUUGCUCACCAAGUCCUACAGAAAGUGGUGAUUCGUUAUCUCCAACGAGAUAACCUACUCAUUUCCAGCAUUAGACGGCUUGUGGAACUAGCAAAGAUUGGGAGGGAAGCUCUAAUGAAUUGUGAGAUUGAUGAGGUAGGGGAUGUAAUGCAGGAGGCAUGGAGGCUGCAUCAGGAGCUUGAUCCAUAUUGCAGCAAUGAAUUUGUGGACAAGCUUUUUGCAUUUUCUGAUCCAUAUUGCCUUGGGUACAAGCUUGUCGGGGCUGGCGGCGGGGGAUUUGCGUUAAUGCUGGCUAAAACUGCUGAAUCUGCAAAGAAGCUGAGACAUUUAAUUGCUGAAAAUCCUGAGUUGGAUGUUGAAGUUUACGAUUGGGAAAUAUAUUUACAGAAAUAGUGGUCUUUAGUUGGUGCUUAUUGUGUGUACAAGCAAGAAUUGCACUAUGUUUUGAUGUUGUUUCUUGGUUUUCCAAUAUUUCCUUUCAGAAUUUGAGUUUUAGUCCAAAGUGGGGUAAUUGCAUGAAAGAGUUUUUUGGUGAA